AUGGCAACCUCUACUGAAGAAGAAACUAUCAAAAUUGCACUGAAGGACUCCAACUACGGACACAUCCUCAGAACAAUUGAGAACAACACACUCAGCAAAACCGCAAUUCUCACCCCCAUGUACUCCCAAGAGAUCGACAACAUCCUUGGUGAGCAAGACACCAGACUCGGUGCAGGGACAUCCCUUGCUGUCUACAUUAUCCGUACCACGAAGCUACUGGAAGACGUAGCUAACCGUGAUGACCUCAAUGAAAGCACAAAGAAACUUGCCGUGCUUCAUUUACAGACAAGGAUUCGCGUACUCGUGCUUCACCUCCUUCUGCUCAACUUCCCCGACAUCGCGAACCUAGCUGUUCAGACACUCAAGGCAAGGCCUCCUAAUGAAGAAAGAUCCAGACCGAUCGUACCUGCACUAUGCUUUGUAGAUGUUGCGGAGGAUAUGGACACACAUUUAGAAAGUGUCCAGAUUAUGUUUGUUGCAUCUGCAAUGAACUCAGACCUGACCACCUGUCGGUCCACUGCCCUCAACUCCAUGGUGUUAAGACCAUGCACAAAGGGUAGGACUGAUUCCGAAGGGCUUGGCUUCAGCUCGUGCACUGUGCCCCUUACCCAAGUAUGUGCCCUUAAUUCAGAUGACAUCCAGAGGAAGUCCAUAGGACUUCCGAAGGAGCGCAGGAGAGUCCGGAAGGACUGUCCGGAUCCGGAUGAGUGCGAGAAACUUCCGGAGGGGUGCGGGAAAAAUCUGGAGGAACUUCCAGAAAUUACUAUGAGGUUUUGUCCUGGUACAGAUAUGUGUAAUGGCUACUCAGGAUGAAUCCUGAAUAGAAUGGAG